AUGACCGCAUCAGCGAGAACGUCCGCGCCGCCGCCGCCGCGCGCGUCCUCCUCCUCCUCCUCCUCCUCCGCGCUGGCGCGCUGCGCGCGCAUUCGCGGCGGCCGCGUCGCGCGUCGCGCCGUCGUCGCCGUCCGCGCGGGCUCGGAAUCGGACAAGCUCUCGAGAAACGUGAUCGACCUCGACAAGCGGAAGAUCGGCCCGGGCGUGGGGAAGCCCGUGAAGGUCACCUUCGUGGGCGCGGGGGGGCAGGAAGUCACCGUGGACUGCCCGGAGGACCAGUACAUCCUGGACGCCGGGAUCGACGCGGGGCUGGAGCUGCCGUUCACGUGCCGAGGAGGCAUCUGCGGCGCGUGCGUCGCGAAGUGCGUCGAGGGGUCCGUCGAUCACCGAGACAUCGCGGACCUGGAGUUCACGCUCGACGAGGAGGAGCAAGCGGAGGGGAUGGCGCUGAUUUGCAUGGCGUACCCGGUCGGGGAUAUCAAGCUCGAGACGCAGAGCGACUGGGGGUUGUCGCUGGGGCGGGAGGACGCGGGGGGGGGGUGGAAGGGCGCGACGGGGGAGAUCGGGGGGCGAGAUCCCACGCCGCUGAUGGGCAAGACGGACCGCAAGGGGCUGUGA